AUGGGCGAGUGGAUCCACCUCGACAAGGUGCCGAAGGGACGGGCAAAGAAGCUGCUCCAGAGCAUCGCACGCCGGACAGAGAAAGUCCGCCCCGAACACAACUACUUUCUUGAUCUGCCCGCCUCUUCACCGAUCGACCUGGAUGUCCCCCGCCUCCCCUUCCUCCUGCGAAAUGUACGAAUCCUCGACCUCGAUGUCAGCGCCGAGGGCGUGGGUCCAUUAGCCCGCAAGAUGGCCACGCUGGGUCUUCGCGCAUUCACGUACUGCUCCGAGGAAGGGGAGGUCUUCGCCCCUAGGAUUCUUCGGCGCGAAGGCUUGUGGGCAGAGUGCGGGUGGACGAGGGUACGCGAUACGACGGUCGACUUCGUCGGCGGCGGCCACGCCGACGGUUCGUGGUCAUACGACCGCGCUGCGUUGGUGCCGUGCUCGACGCCAAAGUACGUCGCCCACUUCGGCUGGACUGCCGGGUGGGACCCCACCACAGUCGACCCCGAGACUUCGAUGGGGAGGCAUAUUGCCAGCGAUGAGAACUACGGGCUUGGGGUUGCAAUCCGGUCUCGUCUGUUUGCCUCGUCGACUGUCGCGGACAGGAGGCUGUUCCGCCACGUCGUCUUCGUGGCUCAGCCGUAUCAGCCGCCUCGCACAGCGCUGAAGAGGCUCUUUGAGCGCCUCCGUCGCCUCAAGUAUGACACCAACUCCUCGACGCAGAGCUUCGCGCUUGUGCUACCUACAUCCUCGCCCAUCGAGCAGGACGUGCGGCGUCUUCCCCUCCUCCUCCUGCACAAAGUCAGGAUCCUCGACUUCGACAGCGGUGUGCACUCGGGCGAAGACCUACAUUACACGUUGUUCCGACUCGGUAUGCGCCCUUUGACGCAUCAGCCAGCUUGGACUGGGGCAGAAUAUGCCCCUCCCAUCCUGCGUCGCUUCGGACAGCCUGCCGGAUAUGCGUUCAGCCAAGUACGGGACACGACAGUUGACUUUGUCUCUCCCGGCCAGCCUACUCCCGACUGCGCCAACGAGCAUGACUACCGACGCGGAGUGCUCCUGCCGGUCAGCACGCCAAAGUACAUCAUCCAUCUUCACUGGCCAGAUGGAUGGAGCCCCGGUGAGGUAGAUCUGACCACCCCGUCGGGGCAGUACAGUGCCACCAGCCACCUAGGGCUCAACAUUUGGGCGCAGAGCUCGUGUCCUGAUAUACAGGAGGCAACGCUGGUGUUCUCGCCCCACUGCGCCGCGCCUUCACGCCACACCAUCGACAGAAUCAUCAUCAUGACUGCUGGAGCUAUGAUCAAGGCGAUUGUCUUAGAUUCGGCGUCGUUCACAGUCGUUGGGCUGGAGCGUUGGUUGCCGGACUUCGAAGUGGACGAGUUUAGAGACGGCCUGAAAGACACCGCGAUUGCCUCAUGGCUCAGUCGGUGGGACUCGGACGGAACGCCUCUACCUCAGCACCCUACCGUACGGAAAGCCUGCGAUGGCAUACGGUUCAUGACGCUCGAGGCCUGGUGGGACUCGCUCGCGGACAUGAAGGAGGUGGUCGGGGUGUGGCCGCGUCAUCUCCGUAGUGGGGUGUAG